UGAUACGGAAAUAAAUGCCUCAACCUGCGUAUAUAUGACGCGAAAAUUUCUAUUUCUUGUAUUUAAUAUUUGAAGGCCAGAAAUUGUCACAAACUCCUCGGGCGGCCGAUCGUAAAGUAUUACUUUUCUACCAUUCUCUCUCAAGUUUACCGCUUUCACUUGGGAGGUGAGGAUGUCGACGCCAUCGAGGAAAAGGUUGAUGAGGGAUUUCAAGCGAUUGCAGCAGGACCCUCCCGCGGGCAUCAGUGGCGCGCCAUAUGAUAAUAACAUCAUGCUCUGGAACGCCGUUAUUUUUGGACCCGAUGACACUCCCUGGGACGGAGGUACGUUUAAGUUGACACUUCAAUUCACUGAGGAUUACCCAAACAAGCCGCCAACAGUGCGAUUCAUCUCCCGAAUGUUUCAUCCGAAUAUUCGAGUCAUCUCAGGGCCACUGAGGUGCGUAUCUGGUUAUAAAUUUUAGGGUCUCGUGGGAUUA